AUGGCGGCGGCCGCGGCGCUCCCGGGCGCGGGCGGGCCUCCCGCGGGCGGCGGGGCCGGCGGCGGCGGCGGCGGGGCCGGCGGCGGGUCCCCGCCGGGCGGCUGGGCCGUGGCGCGCCUCGAGGGCCGCGAGUUCGAGUACCUGAUGAAGAAGCGCUCCGUGACCAUCGGCCGCAACUCGUCGCAGGGCUCGGUGGACGUGAGCAUGGGCCACUCGAGCUUCAUCUCGCGGCGCCACCUGGAGAUCUUCACGCCCCCGGGCGGCGGCCAUGGCGGGGCGGCCCCCGAGCCCUCGGCACAGCCCGGGCCCGACGCCGGCGGCGACUUCUACCUGCGCUGCCUCGGCAAGAACGGCGUGUUCGUGGACGGCGUGUUCCAGAGGCGCGGGGCGCCGCCGCUGCAGCUGCCGCGCGUGUGCACGUUCCGGUUCCCGAGCACGAACAUCAAGAUCACGUUCACGGCCCUGUCCAGCUCCAGUGAGAAGAGGGAGCCGCCGGAGGCGCCCGCGUCCCCGGGGAAGCCCGUGCAGGCCCACGUCUCGCCCCUGACCAUCAGCAUUCCAGACUCCAUGGCCCACCUCCUCAGCCCCCUGCCCUCCCCCACGGGGACCAUCAGUGCUGCGAACUCCUGCCCGUCCAGCCCCCGGGGAGCAGGGUCUUCAGGGUACAAAAUGGGCCGCGUGAUACCAUCUGACCUCAAUUUGAUGGCUGAUAACUCGCAGCCAGAAAAUGAAAAGGAAGCUUCAGGUGGAGACAGCCCGAAGGACGACUCGAAGCCGCCCUACUCCUACGCGCAGCUGAUCGUGCAGGCCAUCACCAUGGCGCCCGACAAGCAGCUCACCCUGAACGGGAUCUACACGCACAUCACUAAAAACUACCCCUACUACCGGACGGCGGACAAGGGCUGGCAGAAUUCCAUCCGCCACAACCUCUCUCUGAACCGUUACUUCAUCAAAGUGCCACGGUCCCAGGAAGAGCCAGGCAAGGGCUCCUUCUGGAGGGUGGACCCUGCGUCGGAGAGCAAGCUGGUGGAGCAGGCCUUCCGGAAGCGUCGGCCGCGCGGCGUGCCUUGCUUCAGGACCCCCCUGGGCCCGCUCUCGUCCAGAAGUGCCCCGGCCUCUCCCAACCACGCCGGAGUGCUGUCUGCUCACUCCAGCGGCGCCCAGACCCCCGAGAGCCUGUCCCGGGAAGGCUCGCCGGCCCCCCUGGAGCCCGAGCCCGGCGCCGCGCAGCCCAAGCUGGCCGUCAUCCAGGAGGCGCGGUCGGCCCAGAGCGCACCAGGCUCCCCGCUGUCCGGCCAGCCCGUGCUCAUCGCCGUGCAGCGGCCGCUGCCCCCCGCCAUCAAGCCCGUCGCCUACGCGGUCGCCGCCCCCGCGGCCCCCCCGCCCCCGCAGCCGCCCGUGGUGCAGACGGUGCACGUCGUCCACCAGAUCCCAGCUGUGUCCGUCACCAGCGUCGCCGGGCAGGCCGUGGUCGCGCAGGCGGCCGUGCUGGCCCCCCCGAAGGCCGAGCCGCAGGAGAACGGGGACCACCGGGAGGUGAAAGUGAAAGUGGAGCCCCUCCCCGCGAUGGGCCGGGUCGUCCAGGCGGCGCAGGGCAGCCCCGUGCAGACGGUCGCCAUCGCGCAGCACGCCCCCCUGGGCCAGCACCAGCUGCCCGUCAAGGCGGUCACGCAGAACGGGACGCACAGGGCGCCGGUCCCCGCAGCGCACGGCCCGGGGAGCAGCGCGGCGGCGAGUCCUCUGCACAUGCUGGCGACGCACGCAUCCGCCUCGGCCUCCCUGCCCACGAAGCGCCAGAACGGCGACCAGUCGGAACAGCCGGAGCUGAAGCGGGUCAAGACCGAAGACGGCGAGAGCAUCGUCAUCGCCCUGAGCGUGGACCCCCCACCGGCGGCCGCGAGGGAGAAGGGCGUCCAGAACUAGCGGCCGGGAGAGCUUUCCUACUUUACUGUCAACUCUGGUGCCAAAAGGAGACACUGCUCUCGCCGAGGCGCGCGCCUCUCGGUGGGCAGAGGGCCCUGCGGUUGGACUUGACGUCAGCGCUGCAAACCAAACCCAGGUGGCCUUAAAACUCCUAAAGACGAAGUCGCCCCUGAACUCGAAAGCCACACAACCUGGUCCCGGCUGUGCCCAGCCCGGGGCUCGUCUCGUAGCUCCGAGCAGAGACUCUGUCCCUCCGAGGGAGGGCGGCGCCCGGUGCGAGUGGGGCCAGGACGCGCAGGGACCGCCCCGUCACCCAAGGACCCGCGGGGCCGGCAGGCGAGACAGUAUUUUGUUGUUCAUGUGGAAUUAGAGUAUUUUGAGUACUUUCUUUCUUUACAAAAUAACGGGGUCUGCGACAUUUCAGAGCACUCCAUCUCCCCUCGGAGGUUUCGGACUCCCAGGGCCUGCAGUGUGGCUUUCGCUUGGAGAAAAGAAACAACGUAGUUCUGUUUGUUUUCAGCCUACGGAAUGACUUGCUUUGUCUGGGUCAGAUCGGGAGGAGCGCCGGGAGGACAGCUGCCUGAUGAACUGGCAGCCCAGCUGGGACGGACAGGUGGUGCCGCGGCCGCACGGAUGAGCUGCCGGCCUCGCGGGCUGCACUUAACUGUAUCUCUUACUAUUUCUGUUGUUUGUUCUUUGUGUUGACUUUGUCCCUGGCAUUUUCCACUCUUAAGUAAAACAAGUCUCCUAAGUAUUGUGUGUUUAAAAUGACAGACCUAUUCCUGCUUUAUUUGGGGAAACAAUUCAAUCUUUGAUCACACACCCUUUCAAACAAAUGUCUCAGAUCUUGGUGGCACGUUUGCUGUUUUCGGGGCUGUCACCACGGGGCCUGGUCCAGCUGGCUGGCUGCCCAAAGGCCCCACCCACCCGAGAGCGGCCGCGGGCCGCGCAGAGGCCUCGGGCGCAGACGAGGGUCCGGGCUGCGUGGCCCUGCGGCCGAGCGUUGGAAACAUCUGGGUUGUUUCCUGACCUGGAACAGUGAAUCCCCCUCAGCCGUUCGGAGCUGAAUCCACCGCUAAGGCCGACUUCUCUCCUGCAGAAAGUCAAAGCGAGAGCCAGGAAGCAGAGGGGAGAGAAGAAGUAGGAGGCCCCUCACGGCCUCGGCCCAGCUCCUCCGGAAGAAAACCACUCGCCCUUCCGGAGUGUUCCGGGGCUCUGGGCUGAGCGGCCGUGCACACAGAAAGAGGGCUUCGGCCUUAUUGUGAAUUUUUAAAUGUCAUCAUCGUAACGUUAUUUAUUUAAAUGUAGUUAUUUUGGUAUUUAAUUUUUUUUAAAGAGAGGGAAAACCCUGUAUUUUCCUGGUGGGAUAAGCGGCUCAGAAUGGUAUAUUUAGGCAAUUUUGAAACAUUUAUUAUUUACCUAAAGACCAAAUAUGAUGAAUCUGUUUUAAGUACUGUGUGUCGGUCCGAGUGCGGAGCUGUCACGGGGUCACUGCGGACGGCGCGUAUUGAAAACUAUGAAAUUGAUGCACAGCAGCUGGAUCUAUA